UCGGCCAGGCAUCUGAUAGUAGGGCUGCUCUAAAACUAGCUUCCCAACGUGGUUGCUGCGUCCGCAUAGUUUAGUUGGAGGGGGAAACUGCGUCGGAUGCCAUCGUCGGCAUAUAUCUCGAGUUCUUCUGCUCUGUCUAUUCUGAAAUGAGUCUAUCUAAGCUGCAGAGCCGUGCCAAGAAGUUAAACGCAAAUCACACGUCGUUGUGAUUUUGUCAAGUCAAUUCGAGUUGCUUUUAUCAGAUCGGUCAACUUGGGUCUUUUCCCUCUUUAACUCCCGACUCCGUUACGGACACGCAUGUCCUCCUUGCUCAGCCAAACCAAAAUACUACUAGAACUCCAGCUGGCUGGCCAAUCCAACUAUCCAGCCGAUUUUACUCCAGUCGGCAAGCGUAUAUAUGAGCCAACAGAUCAAGCCAAGCGGGAAAGCAGGCAGGCCACGCGCGCACACUCGUCUCGUCCUCCACCCACCUCGCCUUCGCCUCCGCCGCACGCAACAGCCCACCAGCCACCCCACCACACCACAGCAGAGCGCCCAUGGAGACGGAGAGGCGGGCGAGCAGCGGCAAGCGCGCGUCCGGCGCACCGCCCAAGGUGGUGGCCGUCCUCGCCGGCCUGCUCGAGCGCGCCGCCAAGCGCGGCGACGCUGUUGACGGCGAUGGCUCCGGCUCGGCGGCGUUCCGGGGGCCGACGGAGAAGAAGCCGGAGAUCGGCGUGCGGCGGUACGCGGAGCGCAUAUACCGGUACGCCGGGUGCAGCCCGGCGUGCUUCGUGGUCGCCUACGCCUACCUCGACCGCCUCGCCGCGCCGUCGCUGGAGGCGGAGUCCGCGGCGGUGGCCGUGGACUCGUACAGCGUGCACCGCCUGCUCAUCACCAGCGUCAUGGUCGCCGCCAAGUUCAUGGACGACAUACACUACAACAACGCCUACUUCGCGCGGGUGGGCGGCGUGGAGCUGCGGGAGAUGAACGGCCUGGAGCUGGAGUUCCUCUUCGCGCUGCGCUUCCGCCUCAACGUCACGCCCGACGACUUCGCAUCCUACUGCGCCGCGCUCGAGGGCGAGAUGCUCACCACCACCACGCCGCCGCCGCUGUCGCCACCGGCGGUCAUGGCCUCAGUCUCAGUCUCGCCGGAGGAGGAGGAGGAACAGGACGCCUCUGCCGUCGCGGGAGGCGGCAUCAUCACGGCCUUCGCGGCGGCUGCCCGGGUAUCGGUGGCCGUGGCCGAGAUCACCCAAUGACACGGAGACAACGUACGAGCGCGCGUGUGAUUCUUUCAUUUAUUUUUCAUUUUUUAUAGCUUCUUGGUGAGGUGUACCACGUUCGUUGUCAAUUGAAUGUGUACAGUUCUAUCUUUUUGAGCUAUCGAUGAAUAACUUAUUUU